AUGAAGAGUCUUCCAAUCCUCCUGUCACUUAAUGUGGCAGUUUGCUCAGCCUAUCCAUUGGAUGGAGCUGCAAGGGGCGAGGACGACAGCAUGGACUUUGUUCAGGUAAUUUAUGGAGAGAGCCAUUGCACUCAUUCACAGGGCCGAGUGGGGAAACCAUCUCUGCCUUCCAGGAAGCUCAAACCAUUCCGAGCCAAUUUAUUCCUCAUUGCUGCUCAUGAACUUGGCCACUCCCUGGGUCUAUACCACUCAGCCAACACUGACGCUUUGAUGUACCCACUCUACAACCCACUCACAGACCUGGCCCGGUUCCGCCUUUCUCAAGAUGAUGUGAACGGCAUCCAGUCCCUCUAUGGACCUCCCCCUGCCUCCCCUGAUGACCCUGUGGUGCCCACGGAAUCUGUCCCUCCAGGACCUGAGACACCCACCAUGUGUGAUCCUGCUCUGUCCUUCGAUGCAGUCAGCACGCUGAGGGGAGAAAUGCUGUUCUUUAAAGACAGGCAUUUUUGGCGCAAAUCCUUCAGGACACUGGAACCUGAAUUUGAUUUGAUCUCUUCGUUCUGGCCAUCUCUUCCUUCAGGAGUGGAUGCUGCAUAUGAAGUUACUAGCAAGGAUACUGUUUUCAUUUUUAAAGGAAAUCAAUUCUGGGCCAUCAGAGGAACUGAGGUACAAGCAGGUUACCCAAGAGACAUUCACACCCUGGGUUUUCCUCCAACUGUAAGGAAAAUUGAUGCAGCCAUUUCUGAUAAGGAAAAGAAGAAAACAUAUUUCUUUGUAGAGGACAAAUACUGGAGAUUUGAUGAGAGGAGAUGGUCCAUGGAGCCAGGCUUUCCCAAGCAAAUAGCAGAAGACUUUCCAGGGGUGGACUCGAAGGUUGAUGCUGUUUUUGAAGCAUUUGGGUUUUUCUAUUUCUUCAGUGGAUCUUCACAGUUGGAGUUUGACCCAAAUGCAAAGAAAGUGACACAUGUUUUGAAGAGUAACAGCUGGUUUAAUUGUUAGGAGAGAUGUGUAGAAGGCACAAUAUGGGCAUUUUAAAUGAAGCUGCUAAGUCUUCACCUAAGCCACAGUGAAUUGAAAUGGUUCGUUUUCAGCUGCGUGUGCUGUGACGGAGGACUCGCGUGUGAACUGUGUACCUUGCCAGUCAUCUUCAUGGUGUGACAGGGCAUCAGAUGGGCUGCUGCUUAGCUUGCACUUUGUCACAUGGAGUGGACUUCCACAAGAGAAGGGGGAAGCACUAGCAUGCAACAGACAAGUGACUGUAUCUAUGCAGACUAUCUGCUUGUUAUUUAAUAAAGACCAUUGGUCAGUUAUUUUACUUUA